CAGAUUGCCCAAAACGUCUUGUUUUGACAAACGCAAAUCGAUUUUCACUUCGCUCGAAACCCUCUCUCGCUCUCUCCGAUCUUCUCCGAUCUCUCUCCCUCUCUCCGUUGUCUCAACGCCGAAUCUCGGUCGCAAUUUCUGAGGGUGGAAAUGGACUUCCACACGAUGUCGAGGAGGGAUCUCCAGGUUCUGUGCAAGAAGAACAAGAUCCCUGCCAACAUGACCAACGUCGCCAUGGCCAAUGCCCUCGCUGCCCUCCAACAUGUCGAGGGGUUGGAAGAAUUCCUAAAUCCAUCCGAACCUACUGUUGAGAUGCCAUCGCCCGAGAGAGCACCACCCAAAACUCCGGCUCCUCGAACUGCAACUCGAGCCUCGGCUAGAGCCAAAACUACGAAGGAUCCCGACAGCUCGCAGGUCGUGUCUCGUGCUCGCCGCAGCACGACAAGCAGUAGGCAUGCUGCGGAUCAGGAGAACAAAGAAGUCAAUCUGCCGGAUACUACUGCUGUGCCAAUGACCGGAAAAAGAGUCGGGCUUGCCUCGGCUCGGAGAAAACCGGAGUCUGUGAAGAUAGAUGAGAAGAAUGAGGAAGAAAAUCGGGGUGUGCCAAAGGCUUCGGCAGUGAAGAGCACACAGAGGAAGGCCCAAGCAGCUGCAGCGCCAAGGGCAUACAGCACAAGGAGGUCGGUGAGAUUGUUGGGGAAGUCCAUGUCUGAGCUGAAGGUGUCAGAGGAAAGAACCUCAGAAAUGGAGCCAAUCAAAAUGGAUGACCUGGGUUUGAAAGAAGAAUCAGACGAAGUCCUAGAAGAAAUUGAAGAGAACAAGGAUUCACCUGAUGCUGAUUCCCAGGCUGCAGAAGAAGAGAGUUCAGAGAAACCCAAUCAUUUAAAUGUUCCUGUUGAGAAGUCAACUGGAAUGGAGGAAAAGGAAAGAGAACUUGAAAGUGAUGUGAAUGCGAAUGUGAAGAGCAGUUGCGUUGGAGCUCUCGGCUCUGAGGUACUCCUCGAAGCUGAAUGUGGCAAAUCCGAUUGCCUGAGUGCCCGUUCUGAUUAUGAUUUGAAAGAUGAUGUCCUUGAUGAGAAGUCAGAUGAGUUGGAUGAUAACCUUCUUGUGUCAACGCUGAAACAAGAUGCGCCACCAGUAGACAAUUCGGCUGUGCAAGUGAUGAUUGAGGAUCAUCAUGAAGAAAAGACAACUAACCAUGAGAUUUCAGAAGACUUGGCUUUUGGAGAGGACAACCAAGGUGAUGAUAUUGAUGUUGAUAUAAAAUGCGAGACAGAAGCGAAGCUGCUACUGAAUGAAAUAAUUCAGGACAAUGAGGAGGAUGGCAAUAAUGAGGAAACUGAUGAAAAGGGUUUCGAGAAUCCGCUACUUUCCGAAGAGCAGAACUCUCAGCAGAUUGUGGAAAAAAAUGGAGGAGUUCUAAUUUCUGAGACAAUCAUCUGUACCUCUGAUGAUUCAGAUCAACUAGUUCCUCAUAUCAUGGCCAACUCAGAUCGAGUAGUCCCUCACUGCGAUGAUAUUCAGGAGCCAGUUGAGGACAAUGAUUUGGAAAUUCAGGACAGUGCUCCUGCUGAGGAAGAAGAAAGCAUCAAGCUUGACCAGUUGGUGUCUCCUUGUCUUGUUAGUCCAAUAAUUCAGACAGAGAAGCAUGAGGAUGAGCAACUGGUUAAAGUCGACGUGUUCGAAUGUGAAGAGUUUGCCAUGGAAGUCCGUGAGUGGCACAAAUCAUUGUUCGAAAUUUCUGCUGCUGCAAAAUCAUCAGAAGUGAAUGCACCAAACAUUCAAGAAUAUGCUGAUCUUCAAGAGCUAGUUGAUGUUCAUGUGAUGCCAGAAGUGGAGUUUGUCGAAGGAGCUAGUGAAUUGCUUCCAUCUGCCAUCGCAGACAAGACUCCAAUUCUUGUUAGCAAAAUAAGCGCACGUUCUCCUCUUGCUGUGAAAGGUAAAGUUGCGCUUUCCCCGUUGACAGCUGACCGACUGCCAAAGUCUCCUGCGCUAGCGAAGUCGUCCGGUAAGAAGCAGUCCACGGUCAGAAAGAUGGCUAAUAAGCUGGACAACGACAAAGAAAACAUGGAUAUUCCGUCCUCCCCAUUUGCCGUAGCAGCUGACCAGCUACUCCCCGGGCAAGUGAAAUCGUCAAGCAAGCAGCAGUCUGCACUGAGAAAGAUGACCUUGCUCGGUGACGACAAAGAGAAUAUGCAGAAGAGUGGCAGAAAAGUUGAGCCAAAUACAGAGAAGGCUACAGAUGAGGAUAGAGUGCUGGAGUCCUUGCAAAAGAAAAGCCUAAGGCAGUUGAAGAAGCUGUUCAAGGAAAAAUUAGCGGUGCCCGAAACCGAAAGGAAGAAAGAUGCUACUGAGCAGCAGCAACAACUGGGGAGUGCAAGACCGGCUUUGCGAGUGCUGUCAGAAAACCAAAUGGCUGUGGGUGAGGUAGAGGGUAACUGAAUCUAUGGUUUCAGGGGAUAUAUAUGGUUGAUUGUGAGGACUUUUUUGAUCUGGCGGGCGCAAACCUCGGUUUGCUUCUAUAUUGGGUUUUUUUAUGAUGUGAUGAAAUUCAAAUGAAGACCGUGAUUUGCUUAGUCUUUGCACUCUCUAGUUCUACUUGAAGUUGGUUUUCA